AAUCGACUUACAAAGGCGAAUGGCAAACCUGUCCGGGUGUCCGGGUGUCAGGUGGUUUCUGCUGGCUCCCGACAUUGAUGCCAAACACCCGAUACACGCCGACUACAAGCUCGGCGGAACCGCGUUGAUGCAAACUGGCAUUGGGUCCUUCCAACGCCGACAAGCAACGUGAACCCAGCCGAUGUCGACCUAAUACGCACUCUCUCGUCUUCUAGCCCGAGAAGAGGGUGUGUAGAUCGAUGAUCCUGGAAUGAACGUUUCAACCUCGAACUGGUCUUGCACGCUGCGGCACUCGGACCAAGGCCAAGACCAAAUCAGGGUUGGGCCAUACUGUAUUGACUGGGUACGCACCCUUAGCAGUGAUACUGACCGGCAAACCUUGUCUGACGAGUUGGCCUACGUUAACUUUGCAUACCGGAUCCGCCGGAGCAGGAGUAUUUCGAGCAACAGUCUAUUCCGCUGUAAGGUGUACAAAUACGGUAAUGAAAACGACACAUUGUGGGAGAUCCGCUUCUCCUGUUUUAUUGUCUUACCGAAGAUAACAAACGCAGCAACGAAAAAUUUCUCAAACUUCACAGAAUCCUCUUCGCCGUGCCUUGCGCUCCCCUUCCCUCCUUUCUUUCCCCCAGACCCCCAGCUCCUCUCUUCUACAAGCGACGAUGUACUUACCCGCUGUGGUGAGGUGAACCAGCAAACCCGCCCGACUCCAAACCGACCUCUAUUUUCUGCAUAACUCCCCCCCCCCCCCUCCCCCUCUCCUCCCAAACCGCCCGGCUCCGCAGGCGGCCCCCCCUCCCACGGGGUAGUAUCCCUCUCUCCCGUGAAGCUCGGAGCGGACAGACGCACCAAGGAAACUGUGCGAACAGAUCCUCUCACGACAUCCGUAUUGAACGGACGGCGGCGGGCGCGCUUUGAGGCUCGAGUCCGUGCCCGGGGCUCUAAAGU